UUUUUGACCUUAAAUGAAAAGUUGAGGAUCAGUAUCUGUGAGCUGUCUAUAGCUAACCACAGCCUUGUGAUCUUUACAGGGUGCACAUGAUGAAACUUUAGCCUGCUGGCUGUUUUUGUUAUACAGUCAUUAGGCAUUUAUCCUCUGGGUACGGUUAAUUUUGUGGUGAUCACCAUGAUCAGUCUUCUUUACCUCCGAAGACCGUGAACAGUCUGUCACAGUUGUCACCGCUGACCCUUGAGCUACGAUGCUAGUGUGACUAAAUAAGGGGAAUAAGGUGGCGAUGUUAGCGCUGAGGGUAAGAGCACCAGUUAACAUACCGUUUUAUUAUCAUUUGUGCCCAGUCUCAUCAUGAGUAAGGCAGGCGCUGAUGAAGGUGGAGCUGGGGGCUGCGGUGACUCAGCCCAACAGCUGGAGGCUAAAGAUGAAAAAGGAGGAAAGUUGCUGAGCAAACUGCCUGCUGGAUCCGGCUGGACCAAAGUGAGCUGCCCCUGCUGCUUCUCAGAGCGGGUGGAGCCGCUGGUUCUGGUGAAGCUUGGCGGGAAAGUCGGCCCCGAGACGAAGCGCUGGCUCAUCAAGGUGAUUGGAGCUCCUCAGAAAGAUGGAGGUGCUGCAUUACUGGCCCACCCGGGUGAGGACGCCAGCGGUGAUAUCAUCGUGGUCUCGGCCCCCCGCUGCACGUUACUUCGAGCCGCUGAAGAGUUGGGUCUUUGUAAGACUUACCGCAGCGGGGACAUGGAGGCCUUCUCCUACAAUGACAGAGACAACUUUAAAGAUUCAGAUAACAUGGAGGUGUUUCUGACGCUGGCGGAGCGACAGUACAUAGUGAAGUAUGAGCUGGAUGGACUGCGGGCGCAGAGGGACCUGAGGAUACCCGGCCUGCCUGAGAGCCGCAUGCUGCAAAAAAGAGACAACAUCUGUGAGGUUAAGAAGGAAAUGGUGGAUUCGGUCUCGGGAUCAAAGGUCAUAAUUGAUGAUGAUGACUCAGGACCGAUGAUCAGCGGCCACAUGCUUCAGGCGAUGUUCAGCAUGAUCUGGUCCACGGUGUUCAUGGAGCUGUGGAAACGCCGGAGCUCCUCGUUGUCGUACCGCUGGGGGACCAUGAACCUCGCAGAGCGUUUUGCAGAGCCUCGGCCCAAUUUCCACGGUGACCUCGGCGUAAACCCCGUUACAGGUCGCGUGGAGCCUCUUUUCCCUGAAUGGAAAAGAGACCUGCGUAUGGUGCUGGUGUCGGUCCCAGUAGUGGGGCUGUUUCUAGGGCUGGUGGUACUCGGUAUGAUGUGUUUCUACUGGGGGGAGGCCCAGGUGAAACAGCUACACAAAGACUGGAACUCCCUGCUGUCUCAGGCUUUUCUCUACAUACCCUCAGUGCUUCACAUCGUUUACACAAACAUGCUAGGAAAUGUUUACAGGAACGUGGCGCAGAGUCUGACUGAAUAUGUUAUACCUUUCCUGGUGGACAGAUUCAUCAGCGCCCCCCACAGGACAGAGAGUGAAGAUGACCCUAAGGAGGACAAAUUCCGGAACCAGAGAACCCUGCCUGUUUUUCCUGGCCUGUUUGCAGAAUAUAUAGAGCUCCUGGUGCAGUUUGGGUAUUUGAGUCUUUUCUCCUGCGUGUAUCCUCUGACGGCCGUGCUGCUGCUCAUCAACAACAUAACGGAGAUCCGAUCAGACGCCUAUAAGAUCUGCAACCUCUUCCGCAAGCCCUUCUCCCCUCCUGUGGCUAACAUGGGCGUGUGGCAGGUUGCCUUCGAGGUCUUGAGUUUCGUCUCCGUUAUUUCCAACUGCUGGUUGCUGCUGCUGUCGCCACGGUUACAAGAGCUGUGUCGCGAGGGCGGCCUGAGCAGCACGAACGUCCUGCUGUUGGCUGUUUUUGGGGAGCACGUGCUGAUCUUAAUCAAGUUUAUUAUGGCAGCCCUGAUUCCCGAUGAACCCGACUGGAUCAGGAAGAAGAGAGAUCAAAUGGAGUACACAUCCAUGCAGGCCCUGAAAGAACAGAAGCUGCAACCUGAAGUGUCCUAACUGUGUUUCAAGGUUGAUGAGAUGGUGCUUGAUGUCAUUGGAGGCCACCAUCUUUAGCGUUGUGUGGAACCCAGCAGGAGAAAAGUAGUGGAUCUCCAGCGGAGCCCACGAUGUUUAUUGCUGUGCCCCUGUGUGAUCCCAAAGUGUAUCUGCAGCUCUUUUCUCACUGAUUAAGCCAAUGCUUCUGCGAUGUGCACACUUUGAAAUGCAGCUUCAUAAUAUCCGUACACUGCAAGUGCAAUUGAAACAGCAGCUAAAUAGUUUAUUAGACAGCAAAGGAAAUGUAACUGUUACGCUGCAGGUGAAGGCCAAAGGUAUUUUUUGCAGAAACCCUCUCUAAAAUGUAAUUAGAACUUUCGCCACAAGGUGGCAGCGUUUUAUAAGAACAUUUUAGAGUAGUAGUCCAGCCCGACCAGCAUCUUUAGCGUUGCUAUCUUAAAAUUUGACUCCUAAUUAAUCUAAUGUUUUUAUUUUUUUAAAGCAUGGCCUGUGCUUUUCUAGCUACCAAAAUAAGUGGGCAAGUAAGAUAGUAACACAAAUUCAGUGUGAAUGUGGAGCUAACUCUAGCUUGAAUAAUUGGAUGACACACUAACUCGCUGUACCAUCUUGUGGUUCAAAGUGGUAUUACAAUUGAGCGCAGCGAAGCCUUAAUUUCACUUUAUUUGAUAUCUCUUCAUCGUGAUACAUAUACACAGGGGUUUAAGUGGGCUGGAUCGAUCCAGGGUGGUAUUCUAGCACCUUCGGUUAAUGAGUAAUGAAAUCUAAUAGGCAGGUUACUACUGAAAUAAGUUAAUUUUUAAUGUGCUGCAGCCUAGUGCUGCUUUUAGUAAUGGGUCCCAAAACCUGGUUACGCACAUCCCUUUCUCUUUCUCAUACCGUUCAUGGUGCGUUCAUGGUCUAGAUGCAAAGUUGUGGUCGCAGUACUUAGAUUACAUUAAAAGUAAUGAUUUGUAAGUUGCAGGUAAUUUUAUAGCACACAAGCUGUUUCUGUGCACUUUGUCACAAAAUCAGUCUGUGAGCUAAUUUUACAGCUGCUCUAUUUCACACGGGGGGAAUUUUGUUUUUUAAUGUGCGACACAGAGAUUGAGAAAGAUGUAAGAAAGAGAGGAAAGGAGAGGAAGGUGAGAUUGUUUUCAAAUGUAAGCACUGCUCAGCAAGUGACAUUUUAUUGAGUGGAAAUUGAAGUCAUACAUGUAAUGCCUUCAUUCAUUUGAGAGUUUUUAGGGGUUUUUUUACACAAUGUUUUGCUGCAUUAUGUUUUUGUGAAACAUGUUGCAAAACAAACUGAAGUAAUAAUAAUUUUAUAAUUCAAAAGUUGCAGGCGGGUUAGUGCAGGGUAAACUGGUUGGGUUUAUGUAAUGUGCAGUAUAAAAGUGUGCAGUGAUGUUGGGCUGGUUACACAUAGGUUACCGUUACUAGUUUACAUCAAGGGUAGUAGAUAUCAGUUGAUAUUUAAGAUGAUGAUAGUGAACUUUACCUCUUAGCUUUAUAGUGUGUAGGGGUUGGAAAUCAGCCGCAUAGCUCAUGUAACAUCUGCGUAUAACUUGUUGAACUCAGAUGGAUACAUUUUGGGAAUAGCAGCACAGGACAAAAAAAUCUACUGGGACUCACAAGGCAGAAUAUUAUACAACUUAUUUCUAAUUAAGUAAUUAUUUUGCCCUAUGCUGCACUUGAUCUUAGGGUUCCCACAUCUGCCAAAUCCUACUUUAACUCCAGCAUAUGCCAUGGACAUGUAACAUCAUAGUGUGUUUACAGUUUUAAUUACUUUUUAAAGGUUUUAAAUUCUUUUUAAAUUGUUGUUUUUUACAAAUAGACUGUCCUACAGUAAAGCGUGUUUUUUUUCAAAGGAAAAUGUAUACAGCACUUACAAUCAAUAUUUAAGAAAGGCCACUAGCAAUUCUAAAGAUGGGCUAUACACUUGGCAAUAUUUUUCAUGGUUUUCUCUCUGGGGUCUUUUUCUUCUCACUGCUGCCACCUAGUGGUAAGAUGCAGUUUGGGAUUUAUAGUUGGCGACUGUAUCUUCAAUGGAGUAAAUAUCAAAAACCAACAACUGUCCAUGAAAAGUUAGCCUUUAAAGCUGCUUGAAUCAAUACUUUGAAUACAUGCUUGUCUACAUCCAUGAUUUAAAUGCUCAUCCAUGUUUACAGUCCUCGAAAGGCACAAUUCUAAAUAGAUGCUAAUGUCACUGUGUGCUUGCUGGAUGUUUAAAUUAAGUUUACAAGGAAACAUUUUUUGUGCCGACACCAAAAACUGAUUUUUGCAGCUUUUAAAACCUCCAGCUUGAACUUACAGCUUGUAUUUUUAGGAGCGAUGACAGGUGAGUUUAGUGAGUAUUGGAAGCGAAAAAGCAAAACACAGUGGUGUAUUUUGCUAAAUGUACCUUUAUGCAAAGGACCAAAUAAUAGGAAAUACUUUGGAUACUCCCUUGAAGAUACUGUCAACACAACAAAUAUAAAAGCUACUUUCAACUGUUUUCUUGUCAUAAGGGGUCACCACAGCAGCUGUCUUCACAGCUGAUCUCACAGUUUUACACCAAAUGCACUUCCUGACAUUUAGCAUGAGCUAAAUACAGUAAACUGUGUACCAAUGUUUGCACUGAAAGCAGUUAGGAGCAACCAAAGAAUCGCUAUGUGCUUUGCUUUUAGAAAUGCGUUAUUUUUGUAUGUGUGGGUUUUUUACUUGCUUGUUGAAACCUUGCAGUCUCUGUCACUAUACAAGUAUUAUUGCACUGUUCAGUGCAGAUUAAUCUGAGAUAUUAUGAGAAAUGUGCAGAACGUGAAGCCACUGGGGGAAGCCCACCAUACCCUCUGCACAUGCUGAACAGUGGUGUCUUGUUCUUAGAUAUGUUAUUGUAUUAUUUUUAGGUAGUAGUAGUCUUUUCAGCCACCAGGGGGCACCACACGUUUUUAUUUUACUUGCAUGCAGCUUUCCAUAAGCCUGGUCCUUGCUGAAGGACUGAUUCAGCAAAGGUGUUGAUAGAUGGUGAGAGUUCCUCAAGAGGCUUCAGGUGCACAUGUACAAUCCUGACACUAAUCGUAGGCCUGUGUGUGUUUGUGUGAAGUGGUCACGAGUUUAUGAAAAGAAACUUUUAGACAAGGAUCGGAGUUUCAGCUCUGACCACAGCGUUUGCUGGCUGUCUCAAUAAACUGACAGAAGGAA